UCCCCCUCAUACCAUCCCUCACCAAAAUCCCCAAAUCAGAAACCCUAGCUUCUCCCCCCUACGAUUUCCGGCGAGAUUACCGCCGGAACCACCGCCUCCUUCCCCUCUCGCUCUUCUGAUCGACAGCCACGGUCAGCCGGACCACCGCCAUCACCGCCUCCCUCAUCCUCUCUGAGAUCGCCUCCGCCCCUCUCCUUGACAGACGAACAGCGGCAGCCAUCGGCCACCACCGUCGUCGAUCUCCCAUCUCUGGACCACCGAUCGACCUCAAAGGCAGAGACCGCCAUUGCUCGCUCCGCCGAACAGCUCCGCUGUCCAGCCGCCUCUCCUCUCUCUCUAUCGACGGGCAACAGGAGCUACCAGCCCGCCACCACCUCCGGUCCUCCCUCCUUUCUACCUCGACUCCAAUCCGUCCUGACUCACAACAGCAACAACAUCUCAGAACUCACGCCCACACACACACACAGUGCAUAGAUACACCUUCCUUUUCUUUUCUUUAAUCCAAUUUGUGCUAAUUCUAAAUGUAGAAGGAAGAACAUUUUAUGGAACUCAUUUUUCAGAAAAUAACAAGGUAUGCAUGCUGAUUUCUGUGACAUAUAAUUGUGUGUAUAUAUAAUAUGUGUGCGUAUCCUCUGUGAAUUGUGCAGUCCUAGUUAGUGUAGUUAGUGUUGAUUCUGUAUAUGAACAUGUCAUCGGUGUUGGUCUUCUUUAUAAAAUGAAUGACUGAUUUUUGAGUGUAUAUGUGAGUUGGUUUACCUCUUGUGAAAAUAGAUUUUGGUUUCUCGAAAGUAUAGCUAAGAAUGGGUUGCAGAUGAACUGUUGAUUAAGUUUUGGAGUUGUUGUUUCUGAACAGAAAUGCAGAUGAUUCUGGAGAGUGGUUGAGGAAGAAUUUUAAGUGUAAGAAGUUCUCUGUACUAAGUGUGAGGAGAUUUUCUUACUGACCGAGGGGCGAAGAACUCGGAUAGACUAUGGUGGUUUUAUAGGGCGACGUGGAAGUGCCCCAUUCAUAUAAAUUUUUACUCAUGAACUGUAGCUUGCUUGCUUGAAAAGGAAAUUCUUAAAUGGUUGUAAGAAUUACAUGGUUGUACAAAACUCUAGAGGAUUUGUAAGUGGGCUGGAGUGAAAAGAAAUACUUAAAUAAGAUAUUUGUAUUGACUAAUUUAUUCAUCCUUUCUCACGAAACACCACCACGCAGCGGCCUCCGUCUCCUUUUGCGGCCUCGCCGUUUCACAGCCUAUAAGUCCGGCACCCCGCCGCCACCUCUGUAUCCUCAUCCAUCCCACCACCAACCGCCCUCUCCCCUGUCCUCGGUGAAACCUUGAAUAACUGAAAGGUUCGCGAACCUCGCAUAUUCGUUUCUUUACACAAGAAACCGAACGGCCACUGUUCAAUCUUCCGUACGGUUAGCAAUAUGGUCUCCGGAUUAAUAAAUGCAAACCCUGUUGUGUAUGAAAAAAAGGAACGUCGAACGCGAAGUGCACCAGGUGAUGUGGAUGAAUAUGCAAUUGAGACGAUUGACCAGCUUGAAAUUUUUGAGCAUAUCAGAGAUGUAAAAGAUCCAGAGCACCCUUAUUCGCUGGAAGAGUUGAAAGUCAUAACGGAAGAUGCAAUUGAGGUCGAUGACAAGCGUAGCUACGUAAGGGUCACAUUUACUCCGACUGUAGAGCAUUGCAGCAUGGCGACAGUAAUUGGCCUAUGCUUGCGGGUCAAACUCAUGCGCUCUUUGCCACUACGUUACAAGGUGGAUAUUAGAGUAGCACCUGGUUCUCAUGCCUCUGAAGCUGCAGUAAACAAACAGCUGAAUGACAAAGAACGCGUGGCAGCAGCAUUGGAAAAUCCCAACCUCGUUGAUAUGGUUGAUGAAUGCCUUGCACCCUCAUAUGGAUAAAGAGUCGAUAAAUGCCUUGCACCCUCAUAUGGAUGAAGAGACAGGCCACGUUAUAAACUUGUAAUCCUCUCAGUAUAGUAACUUUUGCAAUACUUCAUUUGUAUCUGGGAGAUUCUGUCAUUUUUUUUCUUCUGUACAUGUCAAAUGUAUUGAUUUUAUAACAUGAAUUAGGUACAAAACUGUCAUUUUUUUUUCCUUCUGUACAUGUCAAAUGUAUUGAUUUUAUAACAUGAAUUAGGCCCUUUUGUAGUUAGGGGGUUAGAUUCAGUUUUGACAGUAUUUGCAUGAGGCGGGCGUUUUAUGCCUUGAUAGUUUCAAAUAUUGUGGUGUUUUCGUAUUGAA